CGUCUGAGACCACUUGUAAAAAUACUUCUUUUUUAAAUAUUUGCUCAAAUUAUCAGCAUAACACUUUGAGUGAAAACUUGAAUUAAAAAUGCAUUGAAUUGAGAGUAUCUUUAUGAUGUCCACCUUUUGGUGGUCUUGUAAUCCAGCAUGAUUUGAACAUUUUCCAAAGAAUUCACAUGAUUAAUGUCUUCAUAUGGUUUAGUUUGUUCCUCAGCAUCAGUUCCCAUCAUGAGGAUGGAUCGGAUCAGAGUCGACAUUCCUGUGUAUGAUCUCUCACUGAUCCGACAGCUGUGGGAGGGACGAGAGAAAAAAUUCAAACAGCGACAGAAGAAAGAGGAGGAACGAUUGGAGAAAAGUGCUCUGGCCAAAGUCAAUCAGCAAUGGCAGUAUCGUAUCGCAUGCAGAAAGUUAAAGAGCACUGAGGUCACAGCGCUUCAGUGUUAUUUGGAGAGAUCGAAUCUCGCAGAACUCGACCUCCAGCCCACCGAUAAUAAAGACAGUGAAACAGAAGACAAGAGAUUCAUUUUUGAGAUGACUGGAGAUAAAUGGAGGAAGUUACCUGAGGAACUUCAGUUUAUGACAUAUCUCAGAGAAUGGCACAUCCGAGGAACAAAGAUACCCGAGAUUCCCACUUACAUCGAAACGUUUGUGGAUCUGCGUGUGCUGGAUGUCCAGAGAAAUGGAUUCACAAAACUGCCUGUCGAGAUCGGAAAGCUGAUCAAUCUGAGGGAAUUAAAUGUCAAUUAUAAUAAACUGUUGAGCAUUCCAGCCGAGCUCGGAGACUGUGAGAAUCUCGAACGAUUAGAGAUGACGGCAAAUGGCAGUCUGACAGAACUGCCCUUUGAGCUGAGAAAUCUGAAAAAACUGAAGCACUUGGACAUGUCAGAAAAUAAAUUUGGCAGUAUUCCGAUCUGUGUCCUUCGUAUGGAAAGUCUGACAUUUUUCGAUAUCAGUAACAACAGACUCCAAGACCUGCCUGAAGACAUUGACAGGAUGGAGGCAUUAGAGUCCGUAUUCCUUCACAAAAACAAACUGAAGUACAUGCCGCUGUCCAUGGCAAACCUCAUUCAUCUGAAGAUGCUCGUCGUGAGUGCUGAUGAGCUCUACAGCAUCCCGUCCAAAUUCAUUGACAAUCCUGAUAUCAAAUUAAUCAGAUUAUAUGACAAUCCAGUAAACGUCCAGGAUGAAGAUGUGAACGAUCAGGACGAUCAUGAGAAGGAGUUUAUGAAGACAUACAUCGAGUCUCUCCAGGACAGAGACACUCAACCAACAUACACGACUAAAGUGUCUUUGAGCUGUCUGCUGUAAGAUCAUCAGAUCAUCAAUCAAGCUGAGUGUCACCGAUAUAGACAUCCAUCACUGUCAAUAUCACAGAAUAUUCUCCUUUAUAUUGGAAUAAGCGUGACACGUGCCUUCUAUAGACUAUUUCAACAUUUAAAACGCUUUCCAUUGAUGGUGUGUAGACGUCCUGAUUUUCAUUGGGUUUUUCAGUGUUCUUAUUCCGAGUAUAAUGAAAACUUUGAGUAGAAUGAGUUGCAGGUUAGUCUGAUGUUAGUCGUUUUUGUAAGAAAGAUUGAAGAUGAAAGCUGGUUUAAGUUUCAUUUUUGCUGCAUUUCUCAUCAUUACUAUUUGUGAAACUAUUUCAAAUGUUGAUUCAGAACCAAUGUGAUACAAUAAUUCACACUUUUGGCAUUAACAAUAUGUUUUUUCUCCGUUAUUUGGUUUGUGACCAAAUGCACGUGUUGU